CGCCUCCCGACUCGACGAUGCCUCGUCAUGAUGAUCGCUAUGCAAACACCCGUUUGUACGUUGGUCGAAUUUCUCAUCGCACCCGUGCUCGUGAUCUUGAAGACCUCUUUGGUCGAUAUGGAAGGUUUUUGGGUUUUUUGGCCCAACCUGGAGGUCUUUGGUGGGAGGGUGCCAUUGGUGGAUUUGGUGUCUAUCCUUCCAAGUUUAUAGGAGACUUUGGCGAUUCUUUCUCUAAUGUUAUUGAUGUGUGUUAAUGGAAAUCAUCACCAAGUGGUGUUUAGUUGAUCUUCUGAGGACUGAAGUAGUGUACCUUUCAGUAUUUAAGUCCUGAUGGCCUUCUUUCUGGCAACAAUUUCCGCAGAGUACGAAAUGUGGAUAUGAAGCAUGAUUUCGCCUUUGUUGAAUUCAGUGACCCUCGAGAUGCUGAUGAUGCAAGGUACAGUCUAGAUGGACGAGAGUUUGAUGGUAGCCGAAUUAUAGUGGAGUUUGCUAGAGGGGUUCCUCGUGGUCCUGGAGGUUCUCGUGAAUAUCUAGGAAGGGGACCUCCUCCUGGUUCUGGCCGAUGCUUUAACUGUGGUAUAGAUGGGCAUUGGGCUCGGGACUGCAAAGCAGGAGACUGGAAAAACAAGUGUUAUCGUUGUGGAGAGAGGGGCCACAUUGAAAGAAACUGCCAAAAUAGUCCUAAAAAGCUCAAACGCGGACGGAGUUAUUCAAGAUCACCUUCUCCACGCCGUGGUAGGAGCAGGAGUCGGAGUUACAGCCGAAGCCGGAGUUACAGCCGUUCAAGAUCUCCUGUGAGAGAUGGGCGUCGUGCUGACCGUGAAGAUAGGGGUGGAUCGAGAAGCCCCCACUACAGCAGGAGCCCCAGGGGUAGCCCUCCACCUUCAAAGGAUAGGAGGCGCAGCCCCUCCCCUGAUGGCAGCAGGAGUCCUAAGGACCGAACUAGGAACUCUCCCCCGAAGGAGGAAGCUGAGCGCAAUGGUUCUGACUAUGGUCGUAGUCCCCGUAGGGAAAACAGCAGGAGCCCUAUGAGCCAGGAAAGGGGGAGCCCUCGUGCCAUGAGCCACGAAAGGGAGAGUCCUCCUGCCAGGAGCCAUGAAAGGGUGAGUCCUCUUGCCAGGAGCCAUGAAAGUGAGAGCCCUCGUGGCAGGAGUUACAAAAGCCCUGAAACUAAUGGUGGAAGUCGAAGCCCUAGGGAGUAUGAUGAUGAUGAUAAUAAUCAAUAUGCAUCUCCAAGGCGCAGUGCCUCUCCUCCAAGCUGAUGUUUGGUUGUUUCAGUUAUGGUUAUGGUAACCUUGACUUUCUAGCCGUUGAGACCUUGCUGCAACUUUUGACUUGCUGUUGUGGAUUGCUUAAGGAUUUCCAUAUUUAUGGAUUAAGACCAUUUGAGGGUUGGCAUUUUCUUAUCAAUCUAGUUAUCUUUGCCAUUA